AUAUUAGUUGUAACAAUGUUGACCUCUUAACCAAUCAAUUUCCCCCAUUACAAUAUAACCCUUACUCUUCAUAUAAACUCCUAUCUCACACAACCAAAAAAAAAAACCACACUCUUUUAAAAACAAAGAUCCGCGCCAUGGAACAAUCUCUCAUCAUCGUCCUCUUCACCGUCCUCCUCCUCCUCCUCCUCACUACCACUCCCGGAACCCUAUCUCAGUCUUCCCCAGCCGCCGCACCGGCACCAGCAGGACCAACAAAUGUCACUAAAAUCCUAGAAAAAGCAGGACAAUUCACUGUCUUCAUCCGACUACUCAAAUCAACCGGCGUUGCUAACCAACUCCUCGGCCAACUAAACAACUCCGACAACGGAAUAACUAUCUUUGCACCGAGCGAUUCCUCAUUCUCCAGUCUCAAAGCCGGAACCCUAAACUCCUUAAACGACGAGCAACAAGUAGAGCUAAUUCAGUUUCACGUCAUACCAAGUUACGUCUCUUCCUCAAACUUCCAAACAAUAAGCAACCCUCUCCGGACUCAGGCCGGUGACUCCGCCGAAGGACAUUUCCCUCUCAACAUUACCACCAGUGGCAAUACCGUAAAUAUCACGACUGGUGUAACCAACACCACAGUCUCCGGCAACGUCUACAGCGAUGGACAGCUCGCUGUUUACCAGGUCGAUAAGGUUUUGCUUCCACAGCAAGUUUUCGAUCCUCGUCCUCCAGCUCCGGCUCCGGCUCCGUCGGUCACGAAAUCAAAGAAGAAGAAGGAGGACAGUGAUAGUUCCGGUGAUGAUUCUCCGGCGGAUGCUUCGUUUGCCUCGCGUAACGACAACUAUGUGAGGGCUUGUACCGAAGCUUUAUCCUUAAACGGAAAAAAGGCAAAAUAA